UUAAAAAAAAAAAAAACAUUUCAAAAUUACCAUCGAGAGACUGCAUGUAAACGGCAUACACGUGAUCGGAUAACUCGCGUGUUUGAGAAAGAUUGGAAGUGACGGAGAGAUUAAGGAGAGAACAAUCACUUCCUGGGAUUUUUUGGAAAGCCGAAAAUGAACGCAGGGACUGGACUUUGGGUUUUUGGAUAUGGAUCCCUCUGCUGGCACCCGGGGUUCGAUUUCGAAAAGAGCCUCACCGGGUACAUCAGGGGCUUCACCAGGAAAUUUUGGCAGGGAAAUGUCACCCACCGAGGCACCGCUGACAAGCCUGGCCGUGUUGCAACCCUCAUAGAAGACAAAGAGGGAAUGGCUUGGGGGCGGGCUUUCGAGCUGCGUGGGAGUGCAGCCCUGCCUUACUUGGAGAAGCGAGAGUGUACCUUGGGUGGUUAUCUGACGAAACUAACAACAUUUUACGCGAGAGAUGGAAGUCGGAGUUUUCCAGCUUUGGUGUACAUCGCGACUAGCGCAAAUCAACACUGGUUAGGGGAUGCUCCUGUCAGCACGAUAGCGAAUCAAAUCACCGAAUGCUCAGGUCCCAGUGGCCAUAACGUCGAAUACCUCCUAAGAUUAGCAGACUUUAUGCAUCAGUAUCUUCCGGACGCUCGAGACGAGCAUUUGUUCACCCUGGAGAUGCUUGUGAGAGCGAGAAUUAAGGAGGAGAAAAUGUGCCUGAAAACGCUGAUGGGCAACAGGGAAUUCGACAUAAAUUUGAACGAGGUUGACGAACCAGAAGGCGCGCUCGACGACAGACUGGAGGAUGACAACAUUGCGCAUCCGCUAAGACAAGAAUCCUUCCAGUUCACGUCGAGAGUACCGUCGAAGACUCUGCGUUGCCUAAAUAUUUAAAGUGCUCUGUGCGCAACUGCACGAAACCGGAAACGACACCCGGGCGUGACCGGCGUAACAAAAGAUUUUCGAAUAAUUCGUGUUACUUUUGGGGCGCAACGACUGUUCCUGGGAUUAUAAGUAUUCUUUCGCGUCGAUAUAAUAUGAUUUAUAUAUAAACAUAUAUUUUAUAUUUUGUAGGAAUAAGUUCGUUGUUUUCUAUUUGACCGGCCAUUCAGUCCUACACAAGUCUCGUCUUCGCUUGAUAUAAAUCAAUUAAUAAUAAAAUGCGGUAUCGAAUAAGUAGUGGCAUUUGAUUAGCGGGGUAUUUUAUUUAUUUUAUUUUUAUUUUUUGAUAACAGUCGCCGGCUCUCUAUAAGCUUUAAGAUGCUAGGAAAAUAAUUGUAUUAAGGGAUUUUGGAAGAAUUUUACACAGGUUUAUAGGCAAACUUGCCAUUUUAUAUGUACCGUGAGUAUGAAUGAUUGUGAAAUUUCACUUUACGUGAUUUGAAUCUUCAAAGAGUAGUACUCUACAGAACUAAAGAGGACCUCUUUUUCUUUUAACAAAUCGAAUUAAAGAUAUUUCAUAAAUAAGCGUGACAAUUACGUAUGUACAAUACUAUGACUAUGAUCAUAUAUGUAUAUCAUUCACGUUGACAUUUUUCACUAACUGUUCAAAAGACGGAAGUUUCUCUCAUUUUGUAUUAAAAUUGCACUCAAUUCAUUGAAACUUUCUAUCAUUAGAACAAGAAAAAAGUAAUGAACAGAUUUCAGAAUCAAUGUCGGAAUAUUAUUCUACAGAAUUUCUAUACUCUAUGUAAUAAUUAAGCUUGCUGAUUGAUAUACUGAUUUAGAAAAAAGAAAUUAUUUGCUUGAUUUAUAUGCAUACGAUGAUUAUAUAAUAUCUGAAUGUCUUUCGUUUAAAAUUCAGUAUGUAUUUAUCUGAUUGGUUAAAUUAAGUGACACGUGAUGAGUUGUCAACAUUGAGAAACGGGGGGUGUGAAAAUCACAUUAGAAUACGCGAGUGAAGUUUUUUUGGUGAAGCAGGCUAUGCCCAUUAAGUAUAACUAUGGUAGAAUAAGACUUUAUAUGGACAUACUUAUGAUAGAUUGAGACGCAACUUUCGAUCACGGGACCAAAACAAUUUGUCACAGUAAUCGUCUCGUUGUAAUUAUGAUGUGAAUUGAAGGUAUUGAUCGGUCCCAAACUAAACAUUAAUUAUGGACAAAUAUGUGUAUAAUUUUACUUGGUCAGCUGUGAGUACUGAUUUUCGAGGGUACAUUACGUGUACAAUAACUCGGGGCUUGUGCGAACGGCCAUUGUUCCAUACAUGCUUUUCGAUGGUUGCUGAAAAAUAUCUGUAUUUUUCCACUAAUUUUGAACUUUUAUCUUUUUUGUAAGAUGACCUAAGUCACCAGCAUCUACUAUCAUAAUCAAUUCCUAACCACAGCUGAAUGUAUAAUAAUAGCAAAUCGUAGUAAAAUUUUAUAAUGUGUAUUGUACGUAUAUAUUCACAAAUGACACAUGUAUGAGUCUAUUCUUUUUGUGCAAGUUUUGGCAUUAGCGUGAUCAGUCCUACCUUGAUGUGAGCAUUACUACGGAAUAAUUGUUACGGUGAAUCAUUUAGUUAUUUAUUUAAAAGGCCUUGAUAUUUAAAGAAGCUCUCCUGGCCAUAGAAUUUUUUUUUUCAUGUUUAGCUGUCAAAUAUAUAUUGUGACUCACCUUGUGAGGGCUUGCAGCAUAUAUGAAUACCUGUCCGUUCAUCAAUUCAAACGAUAAUUUGUAAGGUGUUUAUAACUGUAUCGUGUAGUUUACCUGCACAAUUAAUUCCGUCGCUUGAGGAGGAGCAAGGGCUUUCUGCCUCCUGCUAGAAACUAUAACUGUAACUAUACAUGUAUAUUAUAACUUACAUACUAUAACUCGCCUAUGGAGGCUGCGGCUGAUAUAUUUAUACAAGGAUGUUUGGAUUUAUUUUUAUAUUUUAGUGAUUACUAAUGUGAUUGUAAACCUGACUUUUGUGACAUGAAGGAAGUAUUUGUUUAUAAAUUGAGCAUUUCGCUGAUUUUAAAA